AUAAGACUAGCAUAAUUAUAUUUUUUUUAUGUAGUUUUAAAUUUGGGGAAGGAAUCAUAUGGCACAUUGAAAUCUGCAAGCCAAGCAGUUUUGACAGUUUGUGGCAAAGUAAACACUUUUGCGGUCAAGUUGGCACAGGCUGAAAUAAGUUGACAACACUUGAGGAUGUUCAACCCAGCAGUGAAGACCAGCGCUAAACUGACUCCUUAGACAGCGUUUGAGCAUUUGAUGGUGAGCUUCUGUUUCUGCUGCUGUUCAUUCACAGAGGAUUCAGACUCAUCUUUCAUUAUUUGCUCGCAAUGUGUUUCUUGUUUGUUAGGGAAUAUCAAAAAUUUCCUGGUCACCUGCAGUUGUACAGAGUUUUCCAUGAGUCCAGGCGUCUCUUUCUUCUUGACUCUGACUGCACUGUGGACGUCAGCCCUCAUAGGAUGUCCUCAACAUGGCACAUUUGCUCCAGAAUCCUCUGCUCUCGAGUCUUUGGAGUGCCGUAAUGACUACCGCUCCCAUAUCCACUGCAGCUGGAGGCACGAUCCUCAAAUCCCACUGUCUCUGAUCCACAUGGACCCGGAUGACCACCGAGUAUCACCUUGUGUUCAAAGUCGGACUCAUAAGCCUUCCCAGAAUCCUACUGGGCAGGAGAGAGUUUGUUGUCGGUAUAACACAUCUCUGUUUGCCAUCGGCUUCGAUGACGUGUUCUUCUUCCACACGCCGCACUCUUCCGGCAUUUCCAAAACCUUCAGGCUCACAACAUUUGAAGAUGCGGAUCCACACUGGAAUUUUGAACAGCUAGACGACACCCCCCCUCCUUCACGUCUGACCUCUGACCCCUUCAGACUGCAUGAACAAGAGCGCUCUGAGGUGGAGACUAAUCACAAAAUAGUCAAGGAUCAGAAAGGCGAGAAAAUUCACACCAAAUCAACACAAAAAGACAUGGAAGACAGCAAGAAUAAAACCGAGGUCGGCGAGGUGUUGUUUGAAGGGCAAGAACUGAUAUCUGAAUACGCUCUCCCUGGUCCAUCUAACCUACACUGUGUGCUCAAUGGUGGGAAGAAUGUGAGCUGUAGCUGGGAUCUCAAGACAGAUCUGACCCGAUACAUCAUCUACACGAUAUCCUACCGGACACACUCCACUGCGCCGGCUGAGUGGUACUGUGUUGAGAAGGUGCAGGUCACAAAUGAAGGAGGCUUUUUGAGGACGGUUGGUGCUUUCAGCAUCUUUGAGCCUGGAGUACUGCAGGUGCGACUCACGCCAACGCCGGUGACCAAAGUGAUCCGGUCUUACCAACACAUCCAGCCCGCAUGUCCCACGGGUCUGAGCGUUGAACUGAGAGGAGAAGACUGGAUCUUGAACUGGACUCUGACAAAGUACCGUACUGUACCUCUCACCACAGAACUCAAAUACUGGAGCAUACUAACUCCUGAGGAUGUAAAGAGCAUCUUUCUCUCUGAUGGAGAGAUGGUGUUUGCUAUAUCAGAGAGUUCUCUCAAGGGUUCCUCAGAGUACCAGGCUCAGGUUCGCUGUAAUGUGAGCUCAACCAGACGUUCAGGAUGGCGUUACACUGGAUAUCCCUCAGAGUGGACCGACCCUGUCUACUGGACCACACAGCCUGAGCCUCUUGCACCAAAUCUAGUUGCAUUUCUCCUGUAUUUCCUCAUCGCAACCCUCGCAUCAGCCGUCUCCAUCGUAGUUUUCAUCAUUCUGGUUGUUCUUCAAAGAAAACUAAGAGAAUGGGACGCAUCUCUUCCAUCUCCUGUCCACAGCAAAGUCUCAGAGGUGUCACAGCAUCCUCAGAUGGACCACUUACCCUGCUGUACCGAACUGAAGGAUCCAGAAAUCAGCAACGCUCAGAUUGUAGAUGUCCGUCCACAGUUUUCCUCACUCAAUUCAGAAAAUACCUUGACCUCCAAUGGAAACAACCUCUACCGUGAAACUGAUGGUGAUCGAGUGGUUUUGCACGUUGAUGAUCCAUGCCUUCAGUGCUCUGGGAAUGUGAUGGGAAUAGAUGGUACAUACCAGCCCAACUUCCAUGACCUAGUCCUCCCAUGUUCAGAGGGAUACUUGCCGAAUCCUGCAACAUCUGUCAGUACUACCCAGAAAGCUUGGCAGGAAGAUUGCUCUCUGAAUGUAGAAAUGGAUGAUGGGUACAUGAAUUGCCCUGAGCCUGAUUUGAACAGAAGCACAAAUCCCCAUUUUUUCCAUACACAAGAUUUAAACACAAAUGUUUGCCAUGAACCCUCUCCAGGAAGUUCUCCAGAAAGAAUAUUAGUGGUUUAUUAUUCAGCAAACAUAGAACGACACUGAAGAACAAAAGGAAGAGAACUCACAGAAACUCUGGGCUGCUGUUUCCACAGUGACCACCAGAGGGUGGUGUAGUUUUACAUUAUGUACUGUAUUUUGAGACUUUGGAUGACGCCAGGGGUGUCCAAUCCUGCUCAUGGAAGGCCACUGUUCUGCAGAGUAAACACACUGGGACCAGCUAGUCAAGAUUUUCAGGAUAAUGAGGAACCUCAAGGCAAAGACAUUGGCCCUCGAGGAGCAGGAUUGGACACAAAGAAUUGGUGCGCAUUACUGUUUCACUUGGUGAAAAGUCUUUUUAAUCUUUGAUAUGGUGUCUUAUAUAACUACUAAAUAUUUCCCUCAGUACCUGUAACUGGAAAAAUAACUUUAUUUUAGAGCUGCCAUAAAGCCAAAACAAUCUGUUACUUUAAUUAAUUUCCUAUUAUCAAUGUAAAGCAGCUUUGGAACAAUUUACAUUGUUAAAGGGGCUAUAUAAAUGAAGAUGACUGUAUGACAGUAAAAUUGUUAAUUAUUUCACAUAGACAGCAAUGAUAGUAAAUAAAGA